UUAGGUCUCGAGCGCGCCGGGAGAGAUGGGGAAAUACAGCGCCUUGUAUCAGUCCGCGGGCGCCACAGCAGGGAUGUUCUUCCUGUUCCGCCGCGCGCCCACGGCGAUGGCGGAGAAGAGUCAGGAUGAGAGCGUGGUGCAGCAGCGCGAGGAGUAUUCCAAGCCCCGGAAUGAUAAUCCCAGGACCACUGCUGCUGGCUUCGAUCCGGAGGCGCUGGAGCGAGGGGCCAAGGCGCUCCGGGAGAUCAAUAGCUCCCCGCAUUCGAAAAAGGUGUUUGAGCUAAUGAGGAAACAAGAAGAUAGUCGGCAAGCGGAAGAAGCGACGAGGAGAGCCGAAUUUCAAGCAGUUCAAGCCCAGCACGAGACUGAUAGACAACGGGUGAUGUACGAGGAGCAAAAGAAGCUUGUCCAACAGCAAGCGCAGACUAAAGCUCAAAUCUCGCGCUACGAGGACGAGCUCGCGAGGAAAAGAAUGCAGGCAGAACACGAAGCCCAACGAGCGAGGAACUCGGAGAUGGUGAAGAUGCAGGAAGAGUCUGCCGUUCGCCAGGAGCAAGCGAGGCGAUUGACGGAGGAGCACAUACAAGCGCAGCGUCGCCAGACCGAGAAGGAGAAAGCCGAGAUUGAAAGAGAAACCAUUCGCGUGAGAGCUUUGGCGGAGGCCGAGGGACGUGCUCACGAAGCCCGGCUGGCGGAGGACGUCAACAAGAGGCUUUUGGUCGAGCGAGCCAACUCCGAGAAGGAGAAGUGGCUGGCUUCGAUCAACACCGUCUUCACUCAUAUCGGAGGUGGUAUCAAAACGCUUUUGACGGACCAGGAUAAGCUUGUAGUUGCUGUUGGUGGAGUAGUAGCAGUGGCCGGCGGUGUCUAUACAACUAGGGAGGGAGCUCGUGUUCUUUGGGGUUACGUAGAUCGAAUUCUCGGCCAACCGUCUCUUGUUCGCGAGUCUUCACGAGGAAAGUAUCCAUGGUCGGGACUAUUUUCUCGUAAGACUGUAAUGCCAUGGGCCAAGACUCCAGCCGACCCGAAAAGCAGCAAUGGCUUUGGAGAAGUUAUUCUCCCUCCGACGUUACACCAGCGGAUUAGGCAGCUCGCGUUCGCCACUGCUAAUACAAAGGAGCAUCAGGCUCCGUUCCGGAAUAUCAUCUUUUACGGCCCUCCUGGAACGGGGAAAACCAUGGCUGCUAAGCAACUAGCGAGGCACUCGGGUCUCGACUAUGCUGUCAUGACCGGAGGAGACGUCGCUCCACUUGGUCCUCAAGCCGUCACAAAGAUCCACGAGCUGUUUGGAUGGGCAUCGAAGACAAGGAGAGGAUUGCUGCUGUUUAUAGACGAAGCCGAUGCUUUCCUAUGCGAGCGCAACAAAACCCGGAUGAGUGAAGCCCAGCGCAGUGCUCUCAACGCGAUUCUAUCACUCACUGGUGACCAAUCCAGGGACAUCGUGCUGGUGCUCGCUACAAACCGUCCGGGAGACCUUGACGCGGCGGUGCUGGACAGGAUCGACGAGAUACUCGAGUUUCCACUUCCAGGACUGGAGGAGCGAGAGAAGCUCAUACGCCUCUACCUGGACAAGUACAUCGUCCAAGCGGGGGAGGGCGCCAAAGGCUGGAAGCAGUACGUGGCACAGCAGCACAAGAUCGAGAUGAAGGACGUGAGCGACGACGUGAUUCGAGAGGCCGCGGAGAUGACGGAAGGAUUCUCGGGGCGAGAGAUUGCCAAGCUGCUAGCCAGCGUCCAGGGAGCGGUCUAUGGAAGCAAGGACAGCGUUCUCACCGCGGAGGAGUUCCGGAACGUCGUAGCGUGCAAGGUUUUGGAGCACCAGAAGAGAAAAGAGCUCGCAGACUCGGGUGGUGGAGACUAACAACAGCAUCAACACCAACAGGUUCUCUCGUAGUUUUCCCGGAGUGUUCGUUUUUUUCUCUCGUUUUACAGCAGCAGCAAUUUUGUGAGCAGCAGCAGGGCACAGUUUUCUAGCUUUUUCGAUCUAAGUUCUCAGGAAAGGUUUCUAUCAAUCGCGGCGGGCUCUUGACUUUAACUUUGAAAGAGAUCCAGGUGUUCUUAGAUUGA